AUGAAGAUCGAGAACUUGCUGCCGACGGUGCAACCCGAGCAUGACGGAUACCACGGUUAUGCAGCCGGGGAUGUCAUCGGCGACCACGACCACGCGCUGUGCUACGUGAUGGACCACUAUCCUGAUCUGUUGCCUUCGUUCAAAGACCUGGACCCGGCAGAGCGUCAGUCCGUGCAAUUCACGCAGUGCAACCUUUGCUUCAAUCACGGCUGGCUCGUGCAGGCGGAGGCUCCAGCAGGUGCGAUCUUUUCCAAGUUUCGCGAGGCGGUGGCACGAGACCGCAGGGUGCAUGGUGGGGCAAGAGACAUCGCCCUCUACUUCGUGCAUUGGCUGACUGACUUGGCUGGUGCGGAACCUACACCCCUGGGCGGCUGUGAGAAGUUUGUGAUCAAGUUUCCUCUCCAUGUGCUUAACAGCUUCCUCCAGUCUUUCAAGUUCAUAGAGGGCAUCUCCGUGCGAACAGAGACUCAGGUCAUGGAGAAAUACCUAAAGUACCGCUGGUCGGACCACGUGCCGACGCUUGGAGAGCCGCCCAAAGGCCCCCAUGCAAUAGCAGCCAUGAGGCUCUUGUGCAUGGCCCAGGCCAAUGGGCGAACGAUUGUCGAUGCAUUCAAUCAAGAACUGCCUUCGGAGGACAAAGAGGUUCUGAGUGUAGAGAUGUCCCGGACCGGCUGCGCAGGCCAGUUCUUCAGCCCUGAGCUGACACCCUCAGAGGUCAUCUCGAAGGCAGCCGGACCAGCCUUCCUGGUCUACUACGGGCCGGCCUUUCUGCAAGCUUUAGGCUCCGACUCCGCUGUCCUCCGUCUCCGGGUCCUCAGCGAGAUCUACCGCUGCGCUCGCGAGAUCUGGCCCGAGUCGGAAGCCUCGGUGGCAGUGUCCGUGCAUGUCCGCAUUGACACCAUCAAGGGCUUGGCGAUACGCGACAUCCAGGAUGUCCUGACAAAAGGUGACCUCUGGCUGGUUACCAAGCACAACGAAAGUGAGGCCUUCGUGGAGCGAGCCUCCCACGGGAAGCUGAACAGGCCGAUGCAAUCUGUGCUGAAGGCUUGCACGUGGACCUCCUUGCGUGCUCCUUUCUACCGCCAUGCGAUGAUUUGCACGCUUGGCCUGGACAAGGACGAGACGGGUUGCAGUUUCUCGCUGAUGCCGCUCGAUGUGCCUCCGCCUCGGGGACCUCUGUUCAUCUUCGGCGACCCGUUUCUGCGACGAUUUGUGACCAUCUACGACAAAUCCGGGCCAUCAGUCGGUUUUGCUGUGUCCAAGCAUGAAGCCAUGGACGAGAUCCAGGCCGCAAAACUUAUCGUCACCGCCGCCGGAUCUGAACCGGUGGAGGCAGAUGCGGUUAAGAAGCCUGAACCGUUUGUCUACAUUUUGCAGAUUUUGUGUGUGAUGGCGCUAUGCGACAAUCCCCAAGCAAGCGAAAUUGCAGCCGAUGCAAAGUUCUGUAUCCUGCUGCAGGAACGGCGGCAUCAUUACGGAAGACAGGAGCUUGGCGAGUUCGCAGCUUCUUCUUCAUCUGCUCUACGCCUACUAUUACGAUGA